AUGUCUGGCACCAACCCAAGAAAACGGGUAGCUCCUGGGGCCAACCCCGUCGUUCCGAUGCAACAAUCUAUCCAGCAGCCAUUCGCGACCAACAAUAUGAUGGGGGAGCAGAUGGUGAAAUGGAAUGGCGGCGGAGAUGGCCUGGACGCCUUCGCCGACGCUACCGGCAAUGGAGUUAAUUCUUACGAUCUUCUUCAAAAUCAACAUCAAUAUACACAAAACGCUGCGACCGCAAACAAUUCUCUAGCUAGGCGACCGAUGAAUCAAGCCUUGGUACCCACAACUCAACGCGCGAACUUCGAUACCCCCAUCAACUGGAACAGCUUCGUUGGAGAUGAAUCUUCCCUUGUACCACAAGAAGACGGCGUGUCCGAGCAGGACAACAUCGACGCUCUGGAGGAGCAGGCUUCAAAAGCGAAGAGAGAGGCGCAAGGGAAGAGGAAGCAGAUUCCUCCUUUUGUACAAAAACUCAGCAGUUUUUUGGAAGAAGGCAAGAACGAGGACCUCAUCAGAUGGUCGGAAAAGGGAGACUCGUUCAUAGUGCUUGAUGAGGACGAAUUCGCGAAGACCCUGAUCCCCGAACUUUUCAAACACAACAACUAUGCCUCCUUUGUACGACAACUCAACAUGUACGGGUUCCACAAGCGCGUUGGACUAUCUGACAAUUCUAUGCGAGCCAGUGAGAGGAAGAACAAGAGUCCAAGCGAAUAUUACAAUCCUUAUUUCCGGCGAGGGCAUCCCAACCUCUUGUGGCUGAUCAAUAAGCCCAAGGGGGGUAAGGCCACUGGGAAAAAACCUACCAAGUCGAACGAAGGAGAAAUCGACAGCGAUGAUGAGGGGCCCAACGAGGACAACAUCGGUCCAGGGCAGGCUCUCCCUGGUACCCAGAACAACAGGUCUCUGCCAUCAACGGAAAACCAAUCUGUCGCCAGAAAGGAAAUGGCGGUCAUAAGGGACGAGAUCAAUAAGGUCAGGGAGCAGCAGAAAGUGAUCGCUCGAACUAUUAAUCGCCUGCAGCAAAACAAUCAAGAUUUAUACAACCAAGCCAUGCUCUUCCAGAGCCAGCAUGACAGGCAUCAGAACUCGAUCAACGCGAUACUCAGCUUUCUAGCAAACUUAUUUAGAAAGUCUUUAGAAGAGCAGGGUAACACGCAGAGUGUCAGUGAUAUCAUCUCUAGCAUGAUCGCAAGCCAGGGUCAGCAAUCAGCCCAACAAGGGAGUGUGGUAGAUUUGGGCGACUUUUUCCAGAACAACGCAGAUGCUUCAGCCGCACUUGGAGUGGGAGUGGGAGGCCAUCCACAAAAGAGAGCGCGUGGCCUCCUACCACCCAUCCCUCCCCAGAACGUGGCCUCCCGCCCAACCAGACCUGCACCUACUACAGGAAGGCCAUCGUACCAAAAUCAGGAAAUGGGCCACAUCACCGAACUCGUCGAUGGCUCUCCAGCCGCCGAUACACCACCUAACAUACGGCAGGAACUAGAGAGCAACCCUCAGGAACGGAUGAUGCGCAUAAUCAAUGAUCACAACGCGAACAACUCAUCAGGCAUGGAUCUCCCGCAAGCGGCUGAAUUUGUUGCAAGCGCACCCAACUCAUUGGACCAAGAACAACGGAACAAGCUGGAAAAUUUCAUGGCGCGCCAGUCUAAAUCGGCUUCAGUGAGUACACCAAACCCGGUGCCUCCGGCCCCCGUCGCACCGACGCAACCACCACAACCCGCGCCAAAGCCCAAGCAGCCCAAGUACUCGCCCCCUCCUGCAGACCUCUCGGCAGCACCGUCACUAUCUCCUAUCAUGAAAUCAGCUGCUAUGCCCCAGCUCCCGAUGAACCAGAUAAGCGCGAAUCAGGAAGAGCUGGACCAAUUAGAACGUCUUCAACAUCAACAAGAUCAAAAGAUUACCGAACUGAGCAACAUCCUGGGACCCUUGAGUCCUUCAGGUCGUAUUCCAGUGACUGAAGAGGCCCCUGAAACAUACUUCGAUGCGAACCAUGUGGACUUUGACCAAUACUUCAACUUUGACAACCAUCUGGAUGAUUCUGUUACAUUUGGCGGCACUGGUAGCGACUUCAAUAUUGACUUCACGGGUGGCGGACCUCUCAAUAUGGGCGGUGCGACAGAUCAUGUCAAUGCAGCAAGCGGUGAAUUCAACACGCCCAGUCCAACUGGAACGGAAGAGAUUACCAGAGAAGACUUGGGGCAGGACACUCGCGGAAUGAAGAGGAGACGGGUCGGUUGA